UUGGGUUUCUAUACCCAUUAUAAAAUUUUGAAUUCUUAUAUAAAUUUAAUGUUUUGAAAAUAGUUAAAAAAACAAUACAAUAUUAAAAUGGAUGGUGGAGUUGAAAUAAUUUCAGUAAUUCUUGAGAAAAUUUGUAGUGUAUUUACUAAAGAUUGUCCAGAACAUAAAGAUUAUAUCCAACGGACCGCUGCCAAAUUAAUGUUAGAAGGUCUCUCUGUAUCAACAGUGCCAUAUGUUAUACCAAAUGAGCUUAUGAUUAUUGAUAAAGUACAGAAACAAAUUGAAUUACUUAAUACGCCCGAUGAUGGUAUCAAUUUUCAUACAUUACUCACCAAAUUGGAUAAAUUGACGAUCGUUAAAGAUCGUACAGCGAUUUUACGAUUUUUGUACGCACAAUCGACAGAAGUGAAUGCAGUUGAUAAUAUCGAAGCAAAAUAUACGAUGGGGGAGCUACAUACAAUUAAUACAAAAUCAAAAUUGGAUCAACAUAGAAAACUGGAUUUACAUUGUAAUUUGGAGAAAAUCUUUCCACUUGAAAUGAAAUCAUCGUAUUGUUCACUUGAUUCUCGAAAAUCAUCAAAUGUGGAAUCUUUAGGCGUAAAUAGUCGUAACCAACUUUGUUGUGUUAAACGCACAGACAGUGGCAGCGCUAGCAGCACUGAAUUCAAGAAAGAUAAUUUUAAAAAUUAUCAUUAUAAUCAUAAUUUAUACGCAACAGAAUAUGAACUCAUGCAAGAAUUAAUAUUUGCCUUACAAGGAAUUGAAAGUAGAGUAUUACGUCUAGAUCCAAGCGGUGGAUUUCAUUUAGAUCCUAAAUCAGAUGUCACAAAAAGUCAAAAACGUAUUAUUUUACGAUUAACAGAAGUCGGAUAUUUACAUAAUCGUGUAAAAUAUUUUUGUGAUAAUGCCGAACGACAAUUUGGCAUUAUGUAUCAAAGUUUAGUGAGCGCAUUUCGUAAUGAGCUAACAAGUUUUUAUAAGUUAAUCGCUAUUUUACAAGAACAAUUAACUACUGCGGAUAAACGAUUAUCGUUACGGCGACUUUUAGUAUGGAUACUUGAACCACAGCAACGUUUAAUGUGGUUGGUAUCGAUUGGAAAUGCUAUUCAAUAUAAAAAGGGUGGAAAUUUAAUAUCGUGUGUAUACGGUUUUUUAAAUCAUGGGGCUCCGCCCGUUCAAGCAUUAGUUCAACAUAUUUUAAGUGAAGUAUGUCGGCCACUUUUAAAUUCUAUUUCGUUGUGGGUACUCGAUGGUCAAAUAAAAGAUCCAUGUGCGGAAUUUUUUAUUGAAGCUCGUCCAGAUAUCACUGGUGACAGAUUAUGGCAUGAAAAAUAUCAACUUAGGGAAGCAAUGAUACCAAGUUUCAUCACACGUGAGCAAGCUGAAAAAAUUUUAGCCACUGGAAAAAGUAUCGAUUUUCUACGAGAAGUUUGUAAAGAAGAUCCACCGAGAAUUUCACCAAUAAUCAAAAAAUUAUUUGAUGAAUCGAAUGUGGAAUCGUUGUAUAUGGGAAGUUCAGCUCUACAUGCAGCAAUUGAAACCGUUUAUAAGGAUACGUCACGGAAAGUUUUGGAUAUUUUAUUGAAUAAAUAUAAUUUUAUGCAUCAUUUGUACGCAAUUAAAAGCUAUUUAUUAUUGGGUCAAGGAGAUUUUAUUCGGCAUUUAAUGGAGAUGCUUAUGCCAGAAUUAUCAUGUCCAGCAUCAUCAUUAACUCCACAUAAUUUAUCAGCCAUUUUGGAAUCUGCAAUACGAUCUACUAAUGCUCAAUACGAAGAUCCAGAUGUUUUAGCAAGAAUCGAUGUUAAAAUUAUUCCGAAUUCGAAACAAGAUAAUGGUUGGGAUGUCUUCUCGUUAAUUUAUCAUACAAAUGGUCCAAUUGGUACAAUAUUUGUACCAUGUGAAGAUCAAUAUAUGGCAUUAUUUCAUUCUUUAUGGAAUUCGAAACGUAUGGAAUUUAUAUUAUCAAUAUUAUGGAAAAAUUUAACAACAACAGCAAAAACAUAUCGUAGUCUUCCUGGUAUGGCAUCGAUUAUGCAAUUAAUGCAUAUUUUAACAGCGGAAAUGAUACAUUUAGUACGACAAAUGCAAUAUUAUGUACUGUUUGAAGUGUUGGAAUGUAAUUGGGAAGAACUUACUAAGAAAUUAUCCACGGCUGAUUCUUUGGAUGAUGUAAUUAAGGCGCAUAAUUAUUUCUUAAAUGCUGUUCGAACUGGUGCGUUAUUAAAUCCUGAAUCCGAGGACUUAAGCCGCCAAUUACGAAUUAUUUACAGCCAUAUAAUUCAAUUACAAGUGUUUGAAGAACGUUUAUGUGCACAAGCGCAUGCUGAAUUAAAUGCUGAACGAGAACGUGAACAACUAAUAGAAACUCAACAAGGUGGUUUUAGCUUAAAAGCACGCGAUGAAACCAUACGCAGAGAGCGUCAAGAACGUUUCCAACAAAAUUUGGUAACAAUGAAAGGUUACUUACGAAUAUUAGCAAAUGGUUAUCAAAAACAUGUACGUAAAUUUUUAUCAUUGCUUGCCGAACAACCAGACAUGAGUUUACAAUUAUUAAGCUUUCGUUUGGAUUUUAAUGGUCAUUACAAACGUUUGUCACGUAAAGCACGAUCAACCUCCAAUCAUUCAACAACAGAGAAACUUGAAAUGAUCAAGUGACAUACAGCUUCGCUUGGUGACGAGCAAAUUGAGAAUAAUAUCAUACAAGAUGGGGAUAUGAUAUUUGUUGAAUGUAGCAGUGCACAAAUUAAUAAUAAAGUUGGUCAGCGUUUAAACAAACAAACGGGUUUGUGAUGUUGUAUCGAUUAAUUAUGAUUUUUUUUUAAUACUUAUUUAUUAAAAUAUUAUUAUCAUGUUUAAAAAAAAAAAGAUAGAACUUUCUUUAUUUAAAAAAUUUUUUAGAAAAAGAGUUAAUACGUAAUCUCAUUAAAAGAAAAAAUUAAUACUCAUUUUAAACAGUUGAGAAUAAUUUUUAAUUUAAAAAAACACGUUUUUCAUGUGCCAUCUCACUAAUAGUCUAAGAGCUAGUGAUUUAUCCGACUAUCCCGUUUCCCACAAAGCUAGAAAAUGUUUUAUUAUCGGUCAAUUAAAAAAGUACCUUUCUGGUGGGCACUUCGCGGUUGCCCCAUCACCCUAACCAAAUUACAUCCUUCUAAAUAUUAUAUAAAAUCCAAUAAAUACCUAAGC